AUGAGUGACGAGGAAGAGAUCUAUGACGAGUUCGGUAACUUGAUUGGAGAGUCGGUCGAAUCCGACUCUGACUCUGACUCUGAAAGCCAACAAGAGGAUGUCUCAAAGCAAGAAACUCAAGAGUUGGUGCGCAUUGAGAGUGAUGAUAAAGAAUCCCAUGAAACUGCAUUGGCGAAUACGAAUAUCCCUACUAAUGACGCAGAGAUUAUUUAUGUCAACCCAACCAAUUUUGCAGAUGAUGCUCCUGUGAUUGCACCAAAUGUCGAAAAGAAGAUGAAAAUGGUCAUCGACGAAGAAAACUUGCCUCAAUUAACCUAUUCGAGAGAGUUUUUGAUAAACACAAUCAACGAGGUUCCAGAAAGAAUACGAAAUUUUUGCAUUGUAGGGAAUUUCCAAUCAGGGAAAACGACAUUGGUUGACCAACUUGUCCAAAGAGCCCAUGCCACUAAUCUCAGCAAAAACAAAAAUUCCACGUAUUUACACCCGCUAAGAUACUUGGAUAAUCACGUAUUAGAAAAAGAUCGAGAAGCUUCAAUAAAAUCUUCUCCUAUCACACUAAUGCUUCCGAAUAGUAAGGGCCGGUCGAUUGUAUUGAGUUUGAUCGAUACUCCUGGCCAUGUAGACUUUAACGAUGAGGUUAUGGCAGGGCUUGAAGUAUGUGACGGUGCUGUUUUGGUAUUGGAUGUGGUAAUGGGUUUCACUUACAAGGAUAAAUUGGUACUCAAAGAAAUCAUACUGCGAAACUUGCCCUUGGUUCUUGUGUUGAAUAAGAUCGACAGACUUAUCUUGGAGUUGAGAGUACCACCAAAAGAUGCAUACUUGAAACUAUUCAACAUUAUUGAUGACGUAAAUCAAUACGUUGCUCAAAAGAGUAUGCGAAAUUAUACUAUGUUUCAAAAGUUAACCCCCACUUCAAAUAAUGUCAUAUUCGCCUCAUCCGAUUUUGGCGUCAACUUCACGUUGGAUAGCUUCGCAAACUUGUACCUGCAGAAUCAGCAAUCAGAUAGCCAGCCGGUGGAAUUUGCUGAUAAAUUAUGGGGUGACUACUACUUCAACUACGACAAUAAUGAAAUAACAACUGACUCAAAUGGAGGCAGAUAUACGCGAACGUUUGUUACAUUUGUAUUGGAGGUGAUUUAUCAGAUUGCUAUUUACGCCUUAACCACCGAGCCCCCUCAUAAAGAAUUGAACAAAGUAUUAUGGGACAAUUUUGGUGUAUCCAUACCUAAAUCAAUCUACAAAAAGGAUAUAAAGGUACUUUUAAAAUCAGUAUUCCAAGCUGUAUUCAAACGUGACACGGGACUUGUUGAUUCCAUCGAGCAAUCAAUAAACCCGCCUCAGGCUUCACCAAAAAACUCACCAAUGCUAGGUAAAAUUAGCAAACUCAUUGAAUCUGCCGAUGGUGGAUCAUUUUUGGCCUUAGCGCGUGUCUUUUCAGGGCUGUUAUCUGUAGGAGAUGCUGUUAAGAUUUGUGUCCAAAAUGAAGAGGAUGAAGAGUCCAGUGAGGUUGAAGUUGUAAUAAAGCAGCUUUACUUACCCGGGGGUAGGUACAAAGUGCCAGUAGAAAGUAUUUCAAAUACCAUUGUUUUGAUUCCAGAUGUUGAUUCGAGUAUAACAAAAGGUGCCACAAUCAUAUCACAAGACAAUUUGAAAGAUCCGAUUUUCAAAAUCCCCAACUAUUCAAUCGCGUCAGUAAUGAAGGUGGUAGUUGAGCCAAUGAAUCCUACUCAAAGGCCGCUCUUGCUUGAAGGGUUGAACAAGAUCUCCAAGUCAUACUUGUCGUCGGUUUUUCAAGUGGAGGAAAGUGGAGAAUGUGCCAUUAUUGCUCCUGGUGAAUUCUAUUUGGAUUGUGUAUUGCAUGAUUUGAGACUUUUCUUCAACAAUGAUUUACAAAUUAGAGUCAGUGACCCAAUGACGAUCUUUUCUGAAACAUGUAUAGCCCAAUCAUUUACACAAAUUCCUGUGACUACCCCCGAAGGUAAGGUUUCCAUAUCCGUUAUUGCCGAGCCUGUGAAUGACGCAAAAUUAAGUUAUGAAAUCGAAAACGGUUUGAUGGAUAUUCAUCUUAGCAAAAAGGAGAUGUCAUCCUUUCUCAAGUCGAAAUUCGGAUGGGACGCUUUGGCAGCCAGAUCUGUUUGGUCGUUUGGACCUGAUGACUUAAUUGGGCCUGACAUUUUGCUAGAUGAUACCUUAGAUGAAGAAACCGACAAAGAAAUGCUAAUCAAUUUGAAGCCAUUGAUCGUGUCUGGAUUUAAAUGGAGUGUUAACGAGGGCCCACUUUUCAACGAACCUAUCAGAAAUGUCAAGUUUAAAAUUCUUGAAGUUCAUUUUGGACAGAAUUCAGAGCCCUUUUUGAAUGCGGCUCAAAUCAUCCCGUUGAUGCGUCGCGCUUGUCACACUGGAUUACUUACAGCAAAACCAAGGGUCAUGGAACCAAUAUAUCACGUUGAAGCCAUAUGUCCCUACAAAGCCAUUCGCAUUGUCAAAGAGGCUUUAAAACUCAGAAGAGGGCGUCAUUACAAAGAAGAGCCAGUUGAGGGCACACCAUUAUAUCGAAUUGAAGGCUUUGUUCCUGUUAUUGAUAGUUUCGGUAUGCUGUCUGAUAUAAAAUUACAUGCGCAAAACAAAGUGUCCAUGUCAUUAGUGUUUCUGCAUUGGGAGAUUGUUUCGGGUGACCCAUUUGAUGAUACAUGCCCCUUGCCUACGUUGGAACCUGUUCCCAUGGAAUCCUUGUCUCGUGAUUUCUUACUCAAGACCAGAAAGAGAAAGGGAUUGACUGGUGAACCCACUGUGCAAAAAUAUAUAGACACAGAGCUCUACUUAAAAUUAAAAGAGCGAGAAUUGGUUCUUUAG